AUUCGUCUCUUCCUUCAAGUCAUACCGCGCAAACAUAUUUUUCUUGCACCAUAUGAGAGUUUUUAUUAUUUUUCAAGCUUGACAAGGAAUCAUUAAUCAUAUGCCUCAUAUGAACGGCCAAGUACUUCUCUGAUACUCAACCGAUCCUUUACACCAUGACUAUUCAACGCCCUCGACUGCUACUCAUCGAUUCCUAUGACUCUUUUACGUUCAAUCUAGCCGCACUUUGUCGCACUGCUGUUCCUGAUUGCUCUAUCCACCUCAUUCAAAACGACCAACUUUCCAUCGAUGAACUUCUCCCUUUACUAAAAAGUUUUUCUGCCAUUAUCAUUGGCCCCGGCCCCGGGUCACCUGAUCUGCCAGAAGAUAUCGGAGUCGUGAAAGAUAUAUGGAAACUAUCUGAGUGCGACCUUCUGCCUAUCUUCGGUGUUUGUUUGGGCUUCCAAAGUCUGGUCAUAGAGCACGGAGGUCAGCUCAGACGAUUGCAAGUCGUCAAGCAUGGUCAGGUCUCGCAGAUCCUUCACAACGAAAGGGACAUCUUCGAAAACCUGCCCCAAGUUACGGCUGUGCGCUACCACUCUUACCAUGCAGAGCCACAUUCAAAAGAAAUAGAGCCGCUAGCUUGGGCGGACGAUGGAGUCGAGAAUGGCUCCGUACUCAUGGCCGGAAGGCACCGAACCCGUCCAUUCUGGGGUGUUCAGUAUCAUCCAGAGUCCGUACUUACCGACGAGGGAGGUCUGCAUAUUUUGCGCAACUUUUGGGCGUUGGCAGUUGAAUGGUCGCAGAAACGAGGAAGAUGUCUAUUUCCCCUUGAGCCCUCCGCAUUGGACAUCCUUGGCCCCUCCUGGCCUCACCUACAACCCUCAUCACUAUCCUCGUCUCAGACGACUGCGACAUCUGUUCUUACACAUGUCGUUGAUCUACCAGGGGCAACCGCCGUCAAGAUUUGUGAAAUGCUAGGUGUGGACGAUCACAAAUCUCCCUUCAUUCUAUUGGACUCUGCAGCGAGUCCCGGAAGAUUUUCCAUCAUUGCUUCACUUCUUCCCACAUCCCUUCAAAUCCUUUACUCUGUUGGUGAUAUUGCUGUCACUUUGAAAAGUGCAAACUCUGUAUGGCAUGAGACACUGGAUGGAUAUGAUGUCUGGUCCUGGAUUUCUCGCUUCAUGCGGCUCUCGAAAGCUCGGGAUGGUUGUCCUGAGGUGCCUUUCUGGGGAGGUCUCAUAGGAACUCUCAGUUAUGAGCUUGGAGUAGAUUCUCUUGAUGUACCUCUACGGCGUAACCGAAGAGAUAUGAAUGCGCAUCCCGAUAUAAACCUCAUUUAUGUUCAGAGGUCCCUAGUGCUCGAUACAUUGACGAACAAGGUUUACAUCCAAAGUUUGCUGCCGGAUGACUCGGAAUGGAUGGCCAAUAUUUCUGAUGAAUUGAAGAAACUUCCUUCCAGUUCAUUGCCUACAAGGGCUCCUUCGAACAUGCGGAGUGCCUCCGCUCUCGUGGCAUUGCCCGAUCGCUCUCGUUACAUCGCGAAAAUCGAAAGUGCCCAGGAUUUUCUUCGUUCUGGUGACUCGUACGAACUUUGCCUGACCGCACACACCCACCUAUCUGUACCAAGUUUUUUGUCCACCUGGGAAAGGUACAAACUUCUUAGACGAUGUAAUCCUGCCCCAUAUUCUGCAUAUCUUCGGCUUCAACCUUCGACGUUUCUUUCAUCUUCCCCAGAACGGUUCAUUUCCUACUCCCGCUCACCGAAUACCUUGUGCCAACUUAGACCUAUCAAAGGCACGUUGCGUAAAGCGCCGGGCGUCACUCGCGCUUAUGCUGAAGAGGCCCUACGAGGGAGUCAGAAGGAGGUCGCGGAGAAUCUUAUGAUCGUGGAUCUGAUUCGACAUGACUUGCAUAGUGUGGUAGGGUUGGAUGUUUAUGUGAAGCAGUUUUGUCAAAUAGAGGAAUAUGAGAAUGUUUGGCAGAUGGUCAGUGUGAUUGAGGGUCGUCUUCCAGCUGGCUCUCAGAGAGACGAUCUUGGUUGGGAAGUGUUAAGACAGAGCUUACCUCCAGGUAGUAUGACCGGUGCUCCCAAGAAACGAAGCGUUGAAAUUCUUCAAAAUCUGGAAGAUGAAGAUCGAAGCCUUUACUCUGGCAUCUUUGGAUAUUGGUGUGUUGGUGGUGGAGGUGAUUGGUCUGUUGCCAUCAGGAGCUGCUUCAAGCAUGAGCUGGAUUCACAGGAUCCAGAGAUGGAGAAUUGGGUCAUCGGAGCUGGAGGAGCAAUAACAGCAUUGUCAGACCCGCAGGCGGAGUGGGACGAGAUGCUUUUGAAGCUACAGGGAGUCUUGGGUGCCUUUGGGGCGGCAAAGCCUAGGUGUUAUGACUGACAUUCAACUUAGUUACGGUGUCUUCCUCGAAACUUUCAACGACUUUCUAACUGAAUUCAACUUCAAACGUUCCUUUUCAAACGAUAUCUACAUAUAUUCAACUACAUAGUCCUGUCAUCAUCAGUAAUCCCAUAGUAGAGAAUAAUUUAGGCUGGUAUAGUCAUAGAUGG